UGUUAAUCAAUGGUGAGGCUCAGUAAUGUGUGUCCGGACACAUUUACGAUAAUUGAAAUCAUUUUACCAUCUUGAAAGACUUGUUUUGGCGACUUGGACGUGUAUUAUGAAUAUCGUUCUGGAGAAUUGCACAUUAUCCAUUAAUUGCCGACACAAGGACUGGGUGGGAAAGGCAGAUAAGUGGUCAGUUUAUAAUAUAGUGCCGGAGUAGGAAAUGAAGUUGCGUAGGAUUGUCGUUGAGGUCCUGAUGACGAUGCAACUCAGUGGCUUGAGAUGUUAUUAGAGAAGGCUCACAACAGAAGUUACUGAAGAUCCUACAGUAGUUUUCCCAACUAUGUAAUUUACUGUACAUUAAGGGAUUAAAUUGGAUUUAAAUAGUAUGCCUAUUAAACGAUCAUCUGGACGUUUAGGACCUAUUGGUGGUGGUGUUAAUAACAAUACACGAAGAGCAUGUGAGCAGAUGGUGUCGUCAGUACCAUUAGUGAAGCACUCUACAUUUCCUGUUGUGCCAAAAUUAUCCCGUAUAUCAUUUCUUUCUCUCAGUCUAAUGCUGUGCUUAACAUCUACAUUAACUCAGCAUAUGUAUCUGUAUAGAACUGUGUGGUGGUUACCGAAUUCGUCAAUCGAAUACCCUGUAGAAUUUGGCUCAGUCGACUAUUAUGUUAUGGCCCAUAUCAUCUUUAUGCUGUGUACUCCGUAUGUCUAUUUAAUAGUGCUUAAGCUUCUUCCUUCAUUUGUAAUGACAUCACUGAUAAUGCGCUCAGUCCUGGGUUUGCUCAUUUUUACUUCCUGGGGCUACAUCAUGAUCUGGAUUUUAAAUCGGAUAGAAUAUUCCGGGACCACAAUCUUGUAUCACCUAUCCGGAAUAUUGUUGCUGGCGUAUUUUCCCAUACUGACUCUCUUAGUUUACCAUUCUCGUUAUUUGGAGAAAAUCGUUUGUCAAGACAGUCGUCAUCAUCAGCCAAAUGGUACUGAUAGUACUGAUAAUAAUUAUUGGGGCGACAGUAGUUCAAGAGUUGUAUAUCGACCGUCUGUUUUCAGGUUAAGAAAUUGUCUACAGCUGUUUACAUCAUCCUGUUGGCGAUGUCUCACAAUCAUUACGGAUUGGCCAUGUUUACCUUCUGAGAACAUGUUUUUUCCAACGCCAUAUACAUUUGUUCCUUCAAGACAACUCCAUGCAUCAACUGAUCAUCCAUCAUUUCAAACCGUCUACUAUACAAGUGACGUAGAUUCAAACAAUUAUUUAAUGAAUCAUCAGUGUUUAGGUGCAACACCUGAACAAAUACGUGAAGAAGUUGAACUGUAUAGACGUGAUUUUAAUGCAAGGUUAAUGGAUAUUUUAAUUGGUACCUUACAUGCAGUUUAUUAUGGAUGCUUUCUACCAAUGAUAUUUGUCCAGAAUGAACACUUAUAUAUUGAUUAUUGGUGGUGCAUUCAGCAUUGUUUCUUGACUGGCUUAGUAGUCUUUCUGUUACGUUGGCAUUAUUUUCUACCAUGUGAUUACAUCGAUUUGCUGCAUCGAAUUUCUAUGCAUCUGGGUAGUUGGGAGAAUUCGCUCACACGAAGUGGAUAUAUAAACACUAUAUCAUGGUCAGCGUCUACCAUUUAUCCGCAUGGGGUUGCAGUUAAACAUAUGCACGGUCUAUUUCGAUCUGUUGGAAUUAAUAACUGUGCUGAACCUGGCAAUCGACUUCAUUCACGGUUUUAUUUUCUAUUCAAUAAUCCGAAGUAUAUAAGUAGUAUAUUAAUGUGUCUUUUAUUAUUUAGUAUUAUGUAUCAAUGUAUUUGUUCAUAUUGGAUAUAUGAAUGGUAUAAAUUAAUUGGUUUAAUUAUAGAUGCAUUAUUUUGUUUUCUUAAUUUAUAUUUACAUUUACGUAAUUUAAUUUUAAUACAUUUUGUUUAUUCAUCAUCAAAAGAGAAAUUAUGUAAUAUGACAAAUUAUUUAAGUCAUUCAUUAAUUCAUUUCUUUAUUACUACUACUACUACGGCUACUACUACGGCUACUUCUUCUUCUUCUUCUUCUUCUUCUUCUUCUUAUAAUAAUAAUAAUUCAUCUACAAAUUCUAUGAUUAAUUAACUUUCUUAUUUGUUCUUCUUCUUCUCAUAUCAAUCUAUAUUUAAUUCAUAAUUAUGAUACUUUUCUUUUAUCUUGACAAUCAUGAAUUAUUUUUUGUAUUUCUUAAUGGAUCAAUAUCUUCCCCCCCCCCAUUGUUUACUCUCAAGGUAUAUAUUCCUUGUAUAAAUCUAUGAGAAUAUUAUAUUCUGGUUACUACAUGGUUACUACAUCUUAUACUUGUGCUUUUUUAUAUAUUUUUUUGUUAAUAAAAUAAUAAAUAAAUAUGGUUUUACUACAA